GCAACCUGCAGAUCGGUGGCUUCUGUUCAAGCAUACAAAUGACAGUAUCAUCACAUAGAAAUGUUUUCAAUUUGCUAACACUGGGACUCAUAUUCCAUGUCGUAUUCAUUGCUUCUGUUUUUGACUGCUACUUCACUAGCCCAGUCGUCCACGGCAUGCUUCCUCGCAGAGCUGGCUCGGGGGAAGCAAAACGGGUCGUUCUCAUUGUAGGAGACGGUCUACGCGCAGACCUUCUAUUUGGUGUGAACGCGUUCUCUUUCAUUCCUUCCUCACCAAAGAUUGUAGCGCCUUAUUUGCGUGAUAUUAUUCAAACACGAGGGGCGUUUGGAUUGUCGCACACUCGAGUACCAACGGAGAGUCGACCUGGGCAUGUCGCAAUCAUCGGGGGAAUGUAUGAGGAUGUCUCUGCUGUGACCAAGGGUUGGAAAACGAAUCCAGUUCACUUUGACUCCAUAUUCAAUCAAUCUAGUCACACCUUCUCCUUCGGUUCCCCAGACAUAUUACCAAUGUUUGCCCAAGGUGCAACUCCCGGAAAAGUUGACACUUGGAGCUAUGAUGAGGAGGACGAAGACUUUACGAAAGAUGCCACCGCUCUAGAUACCUGGGUUUUGGAUCAACUUCAGACGUUAUUUAAGAACGCAUCAUCGAACGACUUGCUUAAUUCAGAAUUACGUGCUGACAAAGUGGUAUUCUUCCUGCACCUCCUUGGGCUGGAUACCACUGGUCACUCGUAUAGGCCACACUCCGAGGAAUACAUGAACAACAUCCAAGUCGUCGAUCGCAUCGUCCAACAAACAGAAGAACUUUUCUCCAACUUCUACCACGAUGAAGAGACAAGCUUCGUAUUUACAGCUGACCACGGCAUGUCUAAGAUCGGUAACCAUGGCGAUGGCGACCCGGAUAACACGCGUACCCCACUAAUUGCAUGGGGGCGAGGCAUCAGGGGCCCACUUCCUGACAUUAUUCCUUCUUCGCAUGAUGAGUACUCUCGGCUCUGGCAACUUGACGACUUUCUGCGACGAGACGUGGAACAAGCGGACCUUGCACCCCUGAUGGCUGCGCUGCUUGGUAUUAACUACCCUGUAAAUUCAGUGGGAAUUCUCCCUGAUGCAGACCCUACGCGACCUGGCUACUUGCUACCGCGAGAAGGAGAGUCAGCCUUGGCCCAGCUUGCAUUGGCAAACGCAGAAAGUAUUUUAGAACACUACCGAGUAAAACACGAAUCGAAGGCCGUACAAACCAUUCUAUACAAAGCUUUCGAACCUUUAGAAGAAGUCACUCGAGACGGGAAGCCUUCAAGAGUAUCCUGGUUGUCCAAAAUAGAACGUUUGAUCAGUGAUGGAAGAUGGUUCGAAGCCCGUCGAGAGACAGCUGAACUCAUCAAGGUCACUCUACAAGGUCUCCGAUAUCUCGAAACCUAUAAUCGAGGACUUAUACGGAUCAUCGUCAUAAUAGCAUAUCUGGGAUGGUCUGCUUAUGCAUCGUUGUCAAUUUUCCCCCCGUCAGCUUCAUUGGUUUCAGACAGGCAGCGUGCCGUGGUCAGACUUGCCACCGCAACCAUACCAGCAAUAUUUUGGGCACUGUUUGCUGCAGAGAGAGCUCCAUGGACGUUUUAUGUCUAUGUAACUUUCCCCUGCUAUUUCUGGCAGCAAUUCGCACUGCAUGGAGCUCCAAUCGUUGUGCAACAAUUCAAGUCGAACGACAGACGCGGACCUUUUAUAGUUAGAGUGUUCCUUCACUUGGUUAUUGUGGUGGUUGUGCUCCAGUGUAUGGUCGCUGCCUACACUCACCGGUCGCUGUGGGGCAUUGGUUUUGUGGUUAUGGGCAUUUUAUGGCCAUAUGUGUCAUGGCCAGGUCACGUUCGGUCGCAACACCCGAGACUCUUACUUUCCUGGAUGAGUAGCUGUCUUGUAACUGGUAUAUUCCCCCUACUCAGCGUUAACAAGAGAGAGGAUUUGUACAUGAUCAUGUGCGGAGGGGCAAUGAUUCUUGCAGUUGCCGCAGGUUGUACGCGUUUUGCGCCGAACGGUGCUCCGAAAGCCGUAAAACUAUCUGAGAUCACCCAGGUGUUGUUUAUCUUGCUCGCCAUGACAAUUACUGCAAGCUCAGUGAAGAGUUUACAAGCAAAGCAGGGAUUGUCCAUCAUUAACCAAACUUCAGCAUGGCUCAUACUCGCUGUAUCGUCGAUAUAUCCAUUCACCUCUAAAGCUCAGCACAGCACUCCAACCUCCAGAAUCAUAUCGCUUUUCCUGGGCUUCGGCGUCUGUUUCGUGAUUCUUUCGAUCAGCGUUGAAGGCCUAUUCUAUGCCGCUUUCACAUGCAAUUUACUCUUGUGGAUAGAAGUCGAAGCGAUCGUCCAGUCGAAUCGAGCUGGGGCCGCAUUGCAUAAUCAAGGAUACGAGUUUCACACUGACCACAUCAGAAUAGCACUCUUUUUCUUGUUUUUCGUUCAGGUGGCUUUCUUUGGAACCGGCAACGUUGCUUCAAUUUCAUCGUUCUACUUGGAACCUGUGUAUCGUCUGGUACCGAUUUUCAACCCAUUCUUGAUGGCAGCGCUAUUGAUAUUCAAAAUUGUCGCUCCAUAUGUGAUCUUAUCGGCUGUUUUUGCCACUUUGAAUGCAAGACUCCACCUACCACCCUUCUCGCUAUUCCUCGUUGCUCUGACGCUCACUGAUGGAAUGACAAUGACGUUUUUCCUGAACGUCACGGAUACCGGAUCGUGGUUGGAGAUUGGGCAAUCGAUUAGUUUCUUUUGCAUCACUUCUCUAUUAUUGGUUUGGUCAGCUGGUAUCUGCACCGCUGGGGAGUAUCUCAUGGUAGACACGUUGGUGUUUCACAAGUCCACGGACAGUCACAAGCUAGAAUGAGGAUGCACUUGGCCCACUACUCGUAAAAUAGAUUAACUAUUUACGACUACAGAACAAAUACGUGUUUUCGGGAUUAGGGACGGGUAAAUGCUGGG